AUGUUGCAAUUAUGCUCGAAUGCAGACCUUGAAAGCCUAUCCAAUGCUGCUAUAUCCUGCAAGCCAUCAAAAACACUCACAAAUGACCAGAAAUCACUCGUUUUAGCGAUACGAAAAUUAAAGCGAUUCAUGGCAAAUGAUAGCGAUAGGAUUACCACCUGGAUCUAUACGACGCUGAAAUUAAGAAGAUCACAAACGCCCACAGGUACCCACCAAAAGGGAGGAGGAGGAACUGAUAGAAUAUAUUCUCAACAGCCAUCAUUAGACAUGUCAGAUCCAGUGAACCAGGCACUCGUUGAUCUAAUGACAAACUGCAUCUCAUUCCAGGAAGCCACAAACAGCACAAGGUAA